CUCCCGGCGAUGGGGAUGGUCGUCGUUCUGGCCUCAUUUGCCGGAUUAAACGUCUUCUACAAGCUCGCCACCAACGACGGCAUGAGCCUCAGGGUUCUGGUUGCCUACCGCUUUCUCUUCGCUUCCGCCUUCAGCGUUCCCGUUGCCAUCAUCGUCGAAAGAAGAAGAAGGCCAGAGCUCACGUGGAAGCUAGCGGGGCAGGCGUUUGUUCUUGGAUUACUGCAGUGUUCCGCUAAUCAAAAUUUAUAUUUGGAGAGUUUGGUGUUAACCUCUGCAACGUUUGUUUCCGCCAUGACCAAUUUGGUUCCUGCCAUCACCUUCGUUUUGGCAGUCUCUUUCAGGUUCGAGGAGCUAGGAUGGGGUACAAUGGCAGGGAAGGCGAAGGUGGCAGGAACAUUGAUGUGCAUUGGAGGGGCGAUGCUGUUCACCUUCUACAAAGGCGUUGAGAUCAACCUCUGGUCUACAGACCUUGACCUUCUUCACAGCCACAGCCACAAUAAUUCACGCUUGGGAUCUGGCAAUCUCCAGUUGGGAGCUUUCCUCAGCAUUUGCUGCUGCUUCUUCAGCGCCGGCGGCUAUAUUCUGCAGGCGAAGAUGAUAAAGGACCUGGCGGAGGCGAAGAGGAUACAGGACUACAAAUGUCCCUGCUGGAUGACGGCCAUGGCUGUGACGAUGGGAGCCAUCCAGUCCGUUGGGUUUGCAGUGUGCAUGGAGAGGGACUGGCAGCAAUGGAAGUUGGGCUGGAACAUCAGGCUCCUCUCUGCAUCUUACUCGGGAAUCGUGGCCUCUGGGGUUAUGUUGACGUUCAUCGCAUGGUGCGUCCAAAUGAGAGGCCCGCUCUUUGUAUCAGUGUUCAACCCUCUCAUGCUCGUGCUUGUGGCCAUUGCUGGCUCCUUGCUCCUCGAUGAGAAGCUACACUUGGGCAGCGUUUUAGGAGCGGGGGUGAUAGUGUUGGGAUUGUUCACGGUUCUGUGGGGGAAGAAGGCAGAGAGUAGAAGAGAGACAGCCCAGCUGAUGCCAUCGAAAAGUUCGAGAGAAUACUCCAAAAGAAUUGAGAUCACCACCGUCAUUGCUGCUACUGCUACUACUACUACUACUACUACUAAGAAUUGA